AUGUUUGUAGAAUCUGACGCGAGUGUUGUAAUAAGUACACAUGUCGAAACUACAAGAGAAAUGAAAGCUUACAUAAACGCUUUAAAAGCGAAUAAAAAUAAAAUGGCAGGUGUGUACCUACUUAUUUGAAUAUUUAAAUCAACCGAAUAAAUAUACAGGUUUCUUUUUUUCUUUAAAUCAUUGAAAAAAAUACAAGCUUUGGUCCAGGAUUUAAUGAAAAACACAACGAAUGAUUCAUCACAAGAAGAAAAUUCAAGCGGCAUAUUUGUAUGGGAAAAAAUUUCAGGUAUCGUAUAUUUAAAAAAAAGUUUGUUCUUAUCGAACUAAAUAUUAAUAUAUACGAUGGAAAAAGGAUUCACAAGAAAAAGAAUAAAAUAAUAAACGGAUUCUGUACAAACACGAUCGUAUAUCUAUAAUACGCGUUCAUAGUAAUUCGUUUUAAAAAUAGAAUUUAAAUUACGGUAUACCUAUUAGGUGGAUAUUUUUAAUACAAUAAUAUAAUAUACUAUUAAAAGAAAUCUCAACUUAAAAUAAAAUGUCCACAAGACCGAUUGUUAAAAAAUAAUAAUGAAUUUCGUCCAAAAUAUUUGAAUCGUGAAAGAUUUCAAUAAUAUUUUGAACGACAUAAUUAUAGAUAGGUAUAUAUUUUUAAGGUUAAUCUAGAAUUAAUAAUUAAAUAAAAUAAUUACAAUACCGAUUAAAGAGAAGAAUACAUCUCAUUUCAAUGAAUUCAUUUAAACCGUAGGUAUAUAAAUUUAACCCUUAGCAAAUAAAAAUUAGACGUUAACUUCUAAUAUUCCAAUAGACCUUAGAUAUUAUAGAUAUUUCUAUAAAAUUAUAAAAUGUAAUCAAAUGAAAUUCGGUACUUACAGUCAAUAUUAUAAAUAAAUAGGCAAUUAUAAUACAAAAUUAUACAUAAAAAAGAAUUUAAUAAAAUUAAAUAUGCAGAUAACUAUUGUUAUUGACAUGUGUCAAAUGUAUCGAUAAAUUGUAUAUAAAAAAAAAAAGUAAUUUAAUUUCCAAUUCCGAGGACUGUUCGGUUAUAUUUUUAAAAAGAAGAACAUUUAAAACCAGAUUAUUUUUUUUACUAAAAUUUUAGUUUUUUUUUACAAUAUGAUUAAUACAUUAAAAUCUAUAAACAUCAAGAGCGGACAUGACCUUUUUUUUAAGAGUCCGUCUCAAACAAUCGUUUUAAAAAUAUCUGUUAUUUUAUUUUAGCGAUUAAACACAUGAGGUAAGGUUAAAUUCUGAAAUUGAAAACGAUUUUUGACGAGGUUUUCGAUUUAAAUGACAUAUACAUUUUUGUAUGACUUACAUACAUUCUCAUUAUUAUAAGAACACCACGAUUACAAUUUUCAAUUUAGUUACACUAAAUAAUUACUUCGUAAUAGAAAAAUAUUCGAAUACGAAUAGAAUAAUACUUUGAAAAAUAUCUAUACCUAUAUACAAGUAGAUUCAUUAAGCAUGCUCAGAUAAAUUAUGUACAUUUUUAAAUUCUAAUUUUUGGAGUUUUUAAAUGCAGUUAAAAACGAUAUUAUCGUGUACUUAGAUUUUUCACAGCAUUUAAGGAAUAUCAUACUAUGGCGAUGCCAACUUUGAUAUCUCAAAAAAAAAUCUAUAUUUAAAAUUACAUAAAUAGAUGGAAUAACGUUUAGAUAAAUUUUGGUGUUGGAAUUUUUUGAUUUCUGUCAACUCGUUCAUAAUAUAUUCCACUUUCAAGUUACGAUAAAAGAGGAAUAGUCACGUUGAGUCACUACAAAAAUUAUGUUCCACUACUCCUCCACCACCUAAACAAAUGGAAUACCUCAUGUUAACGGAAAUCAAAAAUUUUAACACCAGAAUUUAUUUUAUCUAAUAUUCAUUUAUGGAAUGUUUAAAAUACUUAGUUAUUUUAAAAACCAAAGUUGAUAUAACCAACAUGAUACUCCUAAAUGUUUUGGAAAAUCCAAGUGUACGAAAAUAUUGUCUAACUAUAUAUACACUUAUAAAUUUCCUAAAUCAAAAUGUGCAUGCUUCCAUAAUUUACCCCUAAAAAUGAGCUGAGAAAGUUUAAUGAAUCACCCUGUAUACUUUCAAAUACCAUUUUUAAAAUUUCCCUAUUUUUAAUAAAUAAUUGUGUUUUUACAUAAUACAAGUAUUAUCUUAUCAGUAUAAAGUUAUAAAUAAAUUCAUUACUGAUCAUUACUCAAGUGUGUACAUAAAUUACUAACUUAAUGAGAUUUUUUUUUUUUUUUUUAAAAGGAAAACCUCCAAGAUUGGAAUGUAGAGAACCUCUGACCGUCGAAAUCCCUAUUUUGAUAACCGAUAUCACUCAUAUUAUUAAUGAUACGUUCAGAGACCAUUUGUGCUACGAUCUUCCAGGAAAUAAAAGAAAAUUAUUCGACUCACUAGUAUGUACGAAUUAAUAAUAUUUGGUUCUUUAACUUAAUCCGUUUAAUAUGGUUGUAUAAAAUCGAUUUCAUACCGUUAUUAUUGAAUAAAGCAAUGAUGGGGAAAAAAGUUUAAUUAUCCUAACGAGAGUUACAUAUUAAAAAAAAAAAAUGUCAUAUUAUAGGAGCUCAAAAAGCAUUUAUCGUUGAUUGAAAAUAUCCGGUGUGCGGAAAAAGAUGUUAUGGAAGUGCAUGAACGUCUUUUAAGAGCCGGCAACAAUAACAGCUGGAUCGCAUUGAAGCCGUGGAACGUAGCAAAUUACUCACUGCUGCAGUAUCAACGAAUGUCCGCCAACAACAAUACCAUAGAGAAAAUAGAAAGUGAGUGUAUACCUAAGCCAUUUUUAAAAUUAUAUUUUGCACCGUAAUAAUGUUAUUUUCGCGUAUCUACUUACAUUUUUUAUUUUUUUUUAUUUUAAAAUGUAUAUUCAACCAGGCGUUGUCAACCAGAAUGAGAAAACUAAGAUUUACGGUAUACACGAAGAGUUAAGACGAGUGAGGAUGCGUUUGAAUAAAGAAAGACCAAAGUCAGUUCAUAUAAAGAAAAUGAUAAUAAUAAUAAUAUAUGGUGAAGAAAGUUAAGUAUAUAUAAUAUUUUUAGGUUAAACAUAAAAUAUCAAGCUCGCAAAACGGCUUCGAGACAUUGCAGUAUGGUGGUAGAAAAACCCGAAGACACCGUUUACUUAUCCGUAAACACUAAUUUAGUACGAUUUACUCAUUUCAAACUUGGUGCCGUUUACAAAGUGAGUGUGAAUAUGUUUUUUUAUAGACCAUAGAUAAUAUCUAGGGAAACGUUGGAUUUAAGUAGUAAUAAAAUAAAAAUCAUAAUGUAUAAGGUAAUAAUCGUUACCUACAAGUAUACACAUAGUUAAUGUUAAUUGUAUUUUAAUUAAGUUUUCUCUGAAAAAUCAGACAGCCAAUCGAUCCUAAAACGAAAUAUGGUGUUAACAUAUAAAAUAUAAAAGUACUAUACGUCAUUUUUCACUUUUGAACUCUAUGGCGUCCAGAGAUUGUACAAAAACGAAUACACCCUGAAAACCUAACGCGUUUUUUUCUUUUUCUAACCGAACUUUGUUUCGGUUGUUUUCUACGUGGUCACUGUAUUCUCUUUAGUCGUAACUCUAUAGUUUAUUUAUUAUAAAAAUCAUUGUUUAAUUAAUGACUAAAUAAUAUAACAGGCAUGUCAGUGAAAAUACGUAUUUUUUCUAUCACUACAAAUGUACCUAAAAUUCAAAACUUUCAAGGUAAACUUAUAAACAUAGUUUACAGUCUGUUUAUUAAGAAUAUUCAGGAAUUCUUUGAAUUUCACUGGGUCAUUAAGGUAACAAAAAUACUUUCAGUUGAACAAUAAAAUUGUUGUAAAUUCUUAGAUAAUGUAGUUUAUUUAUUAAACUAGUAUACAGUUCAUCAACAUUAAGAAUUAUCCUUUAUUAAUAUUACUAUUAUUUUUCCGUCUACCGUCAAUACGAUUAAACCAGGUCCAGAAUAAAAUUUGAAGAAAAUAAAUAUUUAUUCCAAAAACUAAUAGGUAUUCUAAUUUAUUUAAACUAAAUUUUUAAAAAGUCAUAAUAUUGACAAAAUAAGAAAAAAUAAACCGAAAUGGUUUAGCCACGUCAUGUGGAGAGACAAAUCAAAAGCAGUAAGCAUUGUAAUAAAAAUAAACACAAGAGAAAAAAGAGGGAGAGAAAGACCGAAAAAGAGGUGUUUGCAAUUGAGAAUGAUAAGAGGAUGGUGGGUGUAGCAAGGACGAGUUUGAGGUCAAGUGGAAGUUUAGUACGAAGGUAGCUGAUCCCAAUACAGUUGAGAUAGUGACGAAUGAAAAGAAGAUUUACUAUAGGUCAUAAUAGUAUAGUUAGUAGGGGAAAUUUAGUACUGUCAAUUAAGGCACAAUGGAUUAGUACGCACUACUCGAUGCCCAUACCGUAUUUGAAAUCAUUUUUUCUCGAUGAUACUUUAAAGUACAACAAUUAUAUGCUGAAUAUAAAAUCUAUAUAAUUUUAAUUUAAAAUCAAUUCUGAAUUUUUUUUUUUCUUUCAAUAAUUUAAAUGUGUCUGUGUGGUAUAGUUUUAAAUACUUCCUGCAUAAGUAUCUUAAUUUUUAUCAUAUGGGCUGAUUUCAUGUGUCUUCUACUUAGAAUUAAAGACAUUGGAUCCAAUAAAUUUUCGGUCAAAAUAACUAGUUUGAUAUUUUAAUAAUUAUCACUCCGCAAGUGAUCGAAGACUAAGUUUAAAAAUGUAGGGCUCAGAUCUUUUACUAUAAAUUUACUAAAGUUUCAAAACUGAGUUUACAAUAAUGUUAAUAUAAAUAAGGUGAUUUUUAAAAUAAAUGUUAGUAUUCCGUAAUUAAUAUUCAAUUAGUAUCAAGUAAUAACCUUCAACUUGUCUAUUAAACCAUAUACCAAAGUUUCAAAUGUAAAAUAACUUGUUAUGUAUUGAUAUAGUAAUUUGAAUAAUAAUUCACAUCAACUACUUUUUAUUGUCAAUAAAUAGUUCUAAAAACGUGUUUGUAAAGUUCCUAAAAUCGUGAACACUCCCCGAAAAAUCACCCGAAAUUCGGCAUUCAUAAUAUCCAUAUUUCAUUCUUUACAAUUACCGUGAUUAAAUAAAAAAAAUUGAAUCAUAUUAUUUCUUUUCCCAUGUGAUUUUAUCGUCAAGUCACAGACAUGCUUUAUAUGUGUGUAAAAUAAUUAUUCUGACAUGCCUGUCUAUUUAUUAUAGUUGAAAUAGUAACUCAGCAAUGUUUUGUUAAAAGGGCGUCUAUCAAAUUUAACUUUUAUUGCAAAAAAAAAGACAGUAAAUACAUUUUAAUAAAAUGUAUCAUGCAAAACAAUUACUCGUUUUUCAACCUCGUUUACAAAGUAUUCGUGCAUUGAAUGUGGUAUACACCCUUUUAACAAAUCAGUGUUGAAUUAAUUAUAUUUUAAAAUGGCACCUGGAUAUCUUUUAGUCAACAUUUAGUUUUUUAUUUUCAAAAUUACCAACUUAAUUUUCUGUAUUUAAAUACACCGUUUUACUAGUGUAUGCUUCUAAUUUUUCUGAGUUUUUUUUUUUUUUGAUACCAAAUGCGCAUUUUCGACUUUUAGUGGUAUACGCCCUUCAAAAAAAAAACACCAUUGGACAAUUACAUUUAAUUUCUUUUGAAAAUAAAGUUGUUUGUGUCUUCGAAAAUUCAGAUAUAUUUAAUCAAAAUGAAUAUACAUAUUCCAAAACUCAUCAGUUUGAUAAUACUCUAAUGUUGAAUCUUAUUCCAUGAAAAAAUUCAACAUUUCAAAUUCAAUUUCAUUCAAUUUUUACCGAUUUUUCUGAUUGAUAUUUCUUAUCAAUUUUAUUUGUGCUUAUUUACUAUGAUUUCAAUGUAGGUACAACAGGAAUAGUUCGACUAUUUUAAUUAAUAGUAUAAGAAACAGUUUUCAUUAUCCAACGCAAUCUAAAUAUUUUGGUAUUCAAAAACCUUCCAAUAGAAAUGCAUCAUUUAGUUGAAUUUUGGACGGCAAUGUUAUCAUCGUAAACACGAAUUAAUUAACAGUUAACCAUGAGUAAUUGAUUUUUUUUUUUUAUCAGAAUUUAAUAACAAAUCGAUUAGGCAUCAAAGAUUAGGUUAAGUUAGGUAACUGACACACACUAUUUUUAUUAUUUUAUUUUUAAUUUUUAAAUCACUAAGAGUAACUAUAAAGUGUAAAUAUAAAUCUUGAAUAUCCUUCUUCUUUUGCUCUCUUAGAGUUUUGGCUAACUCUUUAAAAAUAUCACAGCCUCUAUUUAGUAUCAAUUCCAAUUUACUAUAUUUAACACUCUCGAUUCUUCAUUUAUACCGUCAAUCUGUCCUUUUCUAGGUCUCCCACGUGUAGGUCUUUUCCCUAAAACACCUAUUCGAAUGCUACUCUUAGUGAAUCAUUAUCUGUUCGACGCAUAUAAUAUUAAUGUGGCAUACUUAUUGUCUUCUUUUACUAAAAGCUAAACCUUGUCAUUGCGAAUAAAGACUUUCAUUCCUCUUAUUUUAAUGUCAGAAUAUGUUAAUAUUGACAUCAAUGUCUUUCUUGGUAUUCCUCUUCCUUAACGGCCAUUGAUUAUUUCUUUCGAUAUGUUGGUUACGAAAGGUGAAUGUAUUAUUAUGUUUCGUAUCCUUGUUAGAGUGUCAAUUGAUUUUUCGUGAGUAUUGUAUAUUUGUAGUAUACCGAAAUAUUAUAUAUUCUGAUAACAUUUUUGAAUAAUAAAUUGUAGGACGAAUACAACCCUUAUUUAAUUUUAUGCAGAAAGCGUUGGUAAAAAUUAUCGAUACUUUAAAAAGAUGAAGUAUUCGAAUUAUAAAAUAAUUUAAAAAUAAGUAAGUAUCUUAUUCUACGAUGGAAGUAUAGUUUCACGUUUAAGUGUAUAGAAGUACAAUAUACGGACUGAUGAACUUCCGACUAAAAUAAAUAAGUACAUUAAAAUUGUAAAAUAGAUCAACUUUUAAAUAAUAUAACACUACUAAGAUACACAGUAUUACUCAAAUAAAUUUUAAUUCAGUCAAUGGCAUGUAUUACUGUUUUGUAGGAUAAUAUAAUAAUUAUAAAUUCUCUUUGAUUUAAUUUUUUUCAUAUUAAGAUUACCUUAACGAAAAUGUCGGCACAUUAUGUCGGCAAACAUUAUAAUUAACAAGGGAAUUUUUAAGUACAAUAUGGGUGUAAUAAUUUUUAUUAUUAAACGUGAUGUAAAUAUUUUGCAAAAAUUACCUAUUAUAAUAUAAAAAUGUUUUACUACUUGCAUAUUCUAUAUUGUUUUGAUAUGCGAAAGAAAUACGACUUAAGAUCACCUGAGUUUAUUUUGUGUAGGACAAGAAAUUAUUUAAAUUUAUAGUAAUUUCUUCUCACUAUUUGUUCAGAAAACAAUAAUCGUUAAAAACUCGGGAAAACGUAUGGUGUCGUUUAAAAUUGUAUCGCACAACAAUUCGGUAAACGACGUCUUUCAAUACGAUUAUACGCCUUUGCGUAUGCUCGCACCGGGUUUAAACACAAAAGUCACGGUGACGUACACGUGCGUGUCGAUGGAAGACGAAUACGAACUGAUGACCAUCGUCACCAAAGACGGUAAAAAAACAAACGUUGUUGUUUGUGCAGAGAACGCAAUAUCCAUAUUGACAUGUAAAUAUUGUUCUUCAUAUAUCAUAUCUCUAGUUUUAAAAAGUAAUUUCAGAACUUCGGUUCUAGUCAGUGCGUUGGCAAGGUUGUUUUAUUUUCAAUAGUUGGAGGGAGGGGGAAACCAGAAAUGUAUUAAACACUGAACCGCAAUAACAUUUAUCGAUAAAAUCAAUUUCGGUUUUUUCGUUACCUCGUCCAAUAGAAACAAAUUGCAAGAAACCUAAAACAUCCAUCCAAUAUACUCAUGUCAGCGUUUUUUAAACGCGUAAUAAUUUCCUAAAUAUAUUAACUAUUUUAAAUUAUUUGUAUAAGUAUAGCUAUUCUUUGACAUAUUAAAAUAUUUAAAUUUAAUUUUUAACAAUUUUUUUUUUUAAAUUAAGCUCAAAAUUGUAUUUUGCUUAGAAUGGUUGUAAUUUGAUCGCCGUUUGGUUUUAACCAUCACUAAAGUUUUUGAUCUGGAUGACGAAAAUUAAUGUUUUUCCCACGCAUUAUUAUAACUUAUAAUUACUAUUUACAUUUUUUAAUUGCUCAUUAGCUAUAAUAGGGGUACAGUAUAUUUUUGAUGGUAACACCGUUUAUUCGAGGCUUUUAACAUUAUUUGACGAUAUUUAUUUAAAAAUGUUUAUGUAAAUUUAAAUCGUAUUAUUAUAUCGUUAUUACAAGCCCACGAAGAUAAAUAAUUCAUUAUAAGUAUCUUAUACACGAGCAUAUAUUAUUAUAUACUACAUGAAUUGUUCAAACAUAAAUAUUUUAUACUUAGUAGGUACCUAAAACGCAUUUAUGCAAUUACUAAAAUUAAUAAUAUUAUUUUACAUGAGCUUAUAAAAACGAUGUACCUACUGUGGAGUAUGCAUUAUUUGUAUGUUGGUUUACUGUUUCGUUACUACAAUAUUAUUAUGAUUAAAUUAGAAAACAUUUUCGGGGAUAUAUUAUACAAUAAAACACGUACAAAAGGAGUUUUAUUUAAAUUGAGAUGCAUAAAAGUUAUCAUAUAGGCAAGUUCAAAUGUCCGUUAGGCAUCGAGUUUCAGUACUACCAGUCAGAAGAUCCAGAGAUCAAAAAUAAUAAUUCCUACCCAGAAAACAAUCUUAAAUAUAAAAUAAACGUUGUAUUUUAGUUGAUCUUUAUAUGUUCACAAAAUAAUAUUAAUCGAGCUAACUACUAAGUAAUAUUUCUAACGUUAAAGAGAACUGAUAAUAUUAAUAACGUCACUGUUGUAGGUAAGAAUUUGCGAAGGUAAGAUACAUUAAGUUAUUUAAUUUAUGCACAUGAGCAACGAUAAACCACUGCUAAAAAAUACGACUCUGAGCUAAAUUCAAUUAUACUUAUUUUGAAAUUUACGAUUUUCAUCAAAAAGUGUUCUUAAAACCUUAGGCUAGUUAUCUUUAUUCACUACGAAGUACAAAAUAUAAUGCACCUCGUGUUAAAUUUUCAAGCAAUUCUGUUAAAUCAACAAUUGAAUUCACAUAGUACCAACCAAAGACAAAUUACAUAAUAAAACUAGAAUAUGCGUCUCAUAGAAAUUUUAAAUAACUCGAAAUAUUUUCAAAAUAUUUACAAAAAACAUAUAGUGUAGAAAAGUAAUAUAAAUAUUUUCUGUCCCAUUUUAAGUGUCUACACAUAUUUUUAAUUUAAUUACAACAACAAAAAUAAAGUUAUCCUAGGGUAAUGGGGACAAUUGCAGCCACUGUUGUAGGAAGGAAGUUUGGAAGAUAUAAAAACGGAAAUAUAUCUGUAUACAAUGAUAAACCAUUGCUAACGAAAAAGCGAUUCUGUACGGAGUUCAGUUGAUAGUGUUGAUUUUUCAACCGAAUUUUCCCAUUUAUUGAUAAACCAAUUGGCAAAAUCAAAAAAUAAUUUUCAGAAAAAAUGCUUGUUGUUAAAAAGUUGUUCAAAAGAAAAAAGUCAUAAUAUUUUACAACACAUUUGUACAUUUUCCGGAUUUUCCAAUUUUUCACAUUUAUUGGAAAAACUCUUGGAAAAUCGAAAAUCGAAAAAUAAUCUGCUUAAUACACCACCCCAGUCAGAUUUAUUUUCAGAAAAAGAGUUACAAUGGAAAAAAGGAGAAAUAUUUCUAGUGAAAAAAUUGAUUUUAACAUAACAUAUGGAAGACUCUGUAUAAACUUAACCAGAUCACUUAGCUUCAUUUAAAAUUAAUUUUUAAUUGCGAUGAUUAUUCAAUCCUUUCGUUUUGUAAACUUAAUCGUCCUAUGUCCUUACACACCUUCCCAACUUCCCACCUACAACAUUGGCCUACCCAAGAUGUGAAAUAUGUCUGAGCAUUUGAAUUUUAAGUAGAAGUAUAUGUAUCCAAGAAACUACUAUUACCCCUCACAUUAAACACUAAUUACCUACAAAUUUACUAGGUUAUUUUCCCCUCCUCCACCAGUAAAAUACUUUUCAUUCGUCGGUAGAGAUGCUGCUUCAAAAAACAGGGCUAAAACAAUAAGUAUAUUACAUUUUAAAGCGUGCAAACAAUAAUUAAAUAUUAAAUAGGUAGGUUGGCAAAUAUUAUAUAUUAUCUCUUGAAUAAACAAAAUAUAACAAAUAUAGUACACUGUAAAACACUAUACUCAGCACUUCCACGCUAUAUUAGAGAAUAUAAAGAUAUCAAUGUCUGUUAAAAAAAAUGAACGAUUACUCUUACUUGAAUAGAUGUUUGAAUUUUAGAUAUUAAGCCUGAAUGGUAUCUAAUUUACACUGUCUUUUUAUAUUCAAUUAUUAUUGGUCACAUUCGUUUUAUAUGAAUGUCAAAAAAAUAACCAAGUGAAAUUGUAAACGAAAUCAUUACACGAGUAAUAAACCCAUUUUAGAUUAUUUCUCUUAAUAUAAUACAAAAAAGUGCGUUUUUAUUCGUUACAAAUUAAUAUUAUUGAAACUUAAUAAAAUUUGGUUUAGACAUUUUCGAUAGUUACGAUAUGAAAUCCGUUUUGGAAAGCCAAACUCAUCGAAAUUUAAAUGCUGAGACACUCUGCGUAUUUGAGUGCAAUGCUUGUCUGGUGGGUGCUACCAAAACGAUUGUGGUCAUGGUAAAAAAUACCGGACGUUCAGCCAAAUUUAUUUGCGUUCCCGAAGACGUUUGGUAUACGCAAUCGGUUGAAGUAAGUGCCUACAUGACUAUACAUAUAUAAAAAAAGUUUAUAAUAUUUAAUUACAAAAUAUGAAAACUUUAGACGUGGCUGUGAAAAGGGUAAGUUCAAAAAGGGUCAGCGCAAAAUUAUGUUAAGUCCCUAUAAUCACCAAAACAUACCUAAUAUUGUUAUUAAAUAUAAAAUUAACUUUUUCUAAGUAUGCGCGUAGUAUAUAAUUCUAGGCGGCCACAACUGACAACGACGGAAUUUCCAAGCUAUUAUUUUUGUUUAAACUCGUUAAACUCGAGUUUUAUCAACUAAAUAUUAUAAUAUUUUUGUUUUUUCCAACAUUAUGAAAAUUUUUGUUUGAAUAUUAUAAUAUUUUAAAUAUUCAUUUAUUAUAACUCUCAGGGAAAAAUAACUUAUUAUUAUAAACGAUUUAUGAUGGGGGAACGUUAAUUUUAAUAAACAUUAAAGAACAAACAACACGGGGCAUAACAAAUAUUCAGUUUGUUUUAACUUUAAAAAAAUAUAUUCUCAUAAGUAUAUUCAGAAUUUAAAUAGUUUUUCUUAUUUUUUUUUUUUUUAAUUUAGCACUUUAAAUGUCUUUUUUAUACACCCAUAUAUAUAUGUAUUUAUAACUGCAGCCGGAGUAAUUUAAUGAAACAACUAAAAUUAUUUAUCAAACAACUUGUUCUUCGCUAUAUUUUUAAUAUACUGAAUAUAUAAUUCGAACCCAAAAUCAAAUUUACAUCUAAUCGAAUAGCAUCGUAGUUUUUCCUUUUAGUAUAGUAUAUAAAUUCAUUCACGAUGUAUACGAAAUUAUUCUGCAGGGCUAAUGAGAUUUAUUUAUCCAUCAAAUUUAAAUGAUCAACAUUUAGAUAUAGUCUGCAAUAUAUACAUAUAAGAAAACGGACGUUUAAUUCAUUUUAUAAUGUAAAGUGCAUCAAUAAAAAAUCAGUUGAAUUUAUAUUUAUUAAUUGUAUUUUAUAUAUCAAACUAUAAUACAACUAAGAAAUAGUAAAAAUAUUUGUGAAAUAAAUUACAAUAAUAUAAUUUAAAAUAACUGCGAGAUGGUAAUAUUUGUAUUUUUCAAAAAAAUUAUUAAUAUUAAUACUAUUACCUGAUCAGCCUUAUUUUCCCACGUAAAAAUCAUAGGUACCAAAAUAGGUAAAUAAAUACAAAAUUAAUUGAAAGACACUAGAAAAAAAGGUAAAUAUAAGUCCACGUUUAAAAAAUUAAUCAGCAGAUUAAAACUUCUUUACAACUGAAUAGAUUACGUUCUUUUUUACCCAAUACGCUCGAUAUUUUAUAUUCAAUAUUAUCCAACUGAAAUAACCAUAUUUUUUUUUUAUAACAUUCUCAACAAUUAGUGUACACCGAAUAGUAUCACUAUUAAAAGUACCACUAUUUUAGUACCAAUAUUAUCAUUUUAAUGUCGAAAUAAAUGGAAUACGCUUCUUCAACCGUUCUUUUCCCGUGCCCUUCAAUUUAAUUUAUAGAAAAUCAUAGAUAACCAGGUGCUUGUUAAAAACCUUUAUUUUCUAGAACGUAGAAUGGACAAAUACAGUGAGUCUGGAAGUGUUUAGUAUCACACCAUCAAUAUUCGAAAUCGAUUCUGGACAAUCAAUGGCACUUAACGUUAUGUUUAAACCGCAUUUACCAUCGUUCUACGUAAGUAUAUGUAUCGGGUAGUUUAUUUCAAAUUUUAUAUGAUACGCAUAAAAAAAAUAUUAUAGCAGGUAUUUCUUUUUCUUAAUUAUUUGCAUAGAUCGUAUAUUACGUUUCAACACAAAAUAAUUUUCAAAUACGGAUCGGAAAAUAUUAUAAAUAGUAAAUAGAUACGUAAUAGAAAAUUGUGUUCUAAAGUAUUCUAAAAACAUGUUGAAAUAAUACUGUGGGUUAUAACAGGUUAACCAAAAAUUUUAAUAACAAAAUAAUAUGAAAAAUAUAUAUUUUAUACCUAUCACUUUUGAGGAGUAAAAAAAAAGAGGCUGUUACUACUGAUAGGUGUACCUUAUUAUAGGUGGAAAGUAGAGAAGGUAGAAAAUAUCAAAUAAUUUAAUUUAUAUCUGCACUUGAUGAUAAAUGAUAACUGACGAAAUAUGGUUCUGAGCUAAGUUUAGUUAAACGUGUUUUGAAAUACCGUAAUUUGUACGAUUUCCGUCAAAAUUCGAUCUUAAUUUAUUUACUUAGUUGCAUUCAACUUUUUUUUUCCCAAUAAGUUAAACCUAAUAUAAUACAUAAUUAUGUGCCGUUCGAAUAUCACUGAGCUAGCCCUCUUAAUUUGGUACAACAAACUACCAACUGCAGAACCUUUGAAGUUAGAUCCCAAUAGGCCGAUCCACAUUAAAAAAGCGUCCAUACUAUUAAAUUAUAAUAAAGUAACAAAAUAGUGAAUUCCUAUAGAAACUUUGAUGUAGAGAAGAGUAUGACCCAGCCGUAUAAUAAAUAAACAGUAUGUGAUUACAUAAAUAUAUGGUCUAAUGUUCAGAUUGUGAAAGUCAUUAUAGUAAUCUUUCGAGAGUAACUAUCAACUAACGCGUAUGCGUAAGAAUGUGAUUGUUGAUUGAAAACUAUCGUAGUUAAUUUCGUAACCAAAGUAACAAUCACUAUAGUAUUUCCCAGUCUUAUGUCAUAACUAGACAAUGGAAUUCUUAAAAACAACAGUUUAAACAUAAUAUUUAAAAAAAAAAAAAAAAUAAAGCCCUAAAAUUAUGGCGUGUAUUUCAAUAACGGCUAUGCAAAUAUAAUAUUAUAUGUCAAAUACUUAUAAGUCAAAUACAAGCUCAACCAAUAGGUACGACAAAUAAGAAUCUCUAUCUAUACAUUCCGAAAAAAAAAAACGUAUAGAUCCAUUUUAAAUGUUAACAAAAUUUAAACCAAAAAAAAAAACAUCAAAUAAAUUUCAAUUUGAAUGAUACCGUCGUAUUUAUACAAAACCGAUCACUUUGAAUGUGCCACUGCACAAUAUUUACAAUGACAACGGGUACGUAAAAUAAUAAAAAAAUAAUAAUAAUACAAUGCAGCCAAUUAGCAUAUUAUUAUCUUAAAUGAUAUUAUUGGAGCACCAAUUAUUACAAAAUAUAACGCACAGUCGUCACAUUUCAAUUUCGUAAACUAACAGAUUUAUUGUUUUGUUCAUCAGAAACGAUAUUAUAUUGAGGCAAUCAUCGCCUAUAUUAUUUUACAACGACGACGCUUCAAUCAAUUUCGGUAAUAAGUCACGACAGUUUAAAAUAAAGGGUUAAGAUUUAACAAUACAUAAUAAUUGAAUAUGCGAUGUCAUAUCCUAUAUACUCGAAAACUAUUACAACGGACAUGAGUUCGAAAUUCGGAUUGCAAUGCGAUAUUUUAAAACGAAAAUCUAAAAAGUCUAUCACCACCAAUGGACAAAAUAUAAUAUUGGAUUUACUUUUUUUAUAAGUUAUACUUAUAACAGUUUAAAAAUUUAAAUCGGAAGAGUAAAAAAAGGGAGUAAUAUUGCAUAUUCAUUUUUAGAUAAAUUUAUAACCUUUUCCUAUUCUUCCGAUCUAAACUUUAAAUUUUUUACUCAUUAAUGGCAAUUCUGAUAUUAUGACGUUAUGUCUAUCAAAAUAUUUAGACAUUUAUACUUUAUUUUAAUAACUUGAAAAAGGUAGGGGGAUUGCUAUUUCAAAAUUAGGAAUGUAUACUCAUUUUAGGUACAGGGAUUAGAGGUUAUACAUCUAAAAUAGUGAUAAAAUAAAGCAUAAACAAUUUCAUAAUGAUUGAAUAAAAUCAGAAAUCAAAUCCACAAAAAAUUCUCCGAGAAAACCGGUAGUUCAAGAUUAAUGGAUCACCCUGUAACACAAUCGCAUUUAUUUUAUUAACUGUUUUUAUAGACAUUAAAGGUCUUCAAUGUUUACUAAAUCAAUGAAAUAUUAAAUUUUUACCGUAAUUUUUUUUCCAUCCUCUCUAAUAAAAAAAAUGUAGAAUAUAAAUAUUAUAGGAUUAUUUUUUUAAAUAAUUUAAAAGGUAAAUGGACCUCGAGCGGACAUUUUUCACUUCUGAGUUGUUGGACUUAUUCCCCCUCCUCUAUUCCCAUGAAGCUAUUAUUACCAUCGUUCUAUCAGGAGGACGAUUUUUUCCUCACUACCAGUAAAUCCGAAAGAGGGAUAAGUACUAUUGACGAGAGGAAUUUACCGUAGUCACGGGAAAGACGGAAAUAUUAUUCUAAGUAUUCAAUUUAAAAUGCAUAGGUAAGUACUUGGAAAAUAAUAUGUAUGCAUUUUUAUUAUUACAUUUAGGUUUCAUAUUACUUCUAUUAGCUAUGUUAUAUACUAUUCUUGGUUUAAGGUCAAAUAUAUUUUCAAACAUUUUGAAUAGGUAUCUACUUUUAUAUUAAUUUUUAAUAUUGGACAAGUAGUUUAAUAUAAGUAAAAAACAAUGCUCUAUAUUGGAAGUGGAAAAGUUUCUUUACUUAAACAUCCACAAGGAAGAAAUAUUGUCGUUAAUAUUACUAUUCUAUAUUAUUAAUUAUUAUCCAUCCAUUAUUUCGGUUCUUCUUGUCAACGUCAUCUAGCUAGUUAUAGUAUAUUAUCAUGUGUCUAUUUUAUGAAAUAUUUCCUUAUGUUACAUAUUACAUCCUUUAUACAUAUCCAUUGUUUUCUUAACCUCCUUCUAAGUUCAUCCAGAACAUGUAGUAUUAUAACUUCAACUGCAUAAUAGUUUCUUUUUAAACUCACGUUGAUUAAUACUCGUAGUAUAAUUAAUAAUAUUCUCAAUUUUACCACCCAAAGUUAACGUAUUAAUUUAUUAGGUUAAGUUAGGAAAUUUCACAAAAUAAAUGUAUUUUUUCGAAUUUAUAAUUGAGUAGGUAUAUAAUUAUAUUUUCGUUCAAUACAUAAAAGUCUCUAUUGACGUUAAUAAUAAACAUUAUAUCGUUUUCAAAAUCCAAAAUCAUUAACGGGAAAGUGAAAUCUAGAAAUAUCAAAGAAGUUUUGAAGUUUUAAACGCACCGAAAAAUGUCCAAAUAUAAAAAUAAUAAUAAUAGUUAAAAGUAAAAAUAAGUUAUUAGUAAAAGUAAUUAAGGAAGGUCAAAAGUUAAGAGGUAUGUUUGAUCUAUAUAUUCAUGGAGUAUUUUAUGGGUGGGGUGGAUACACAAUAGAUUAUCAAGGUUCACUAAAACAUGCUUAAGGGGUAAAAUGCCUAAAGGGUUUAACUGGCUCGUGAGAUAGUAUAAUAAAACACACUCUCCUCUCUUAUGCUGCAGCAAUAACGCAACGAAUAAAACUGCGACAAUUGAUACUAUAUUAUCAUAAUAAUAACAAUCCUGGUAUCGUGUUAUUUUUAGACAGUAUUUUAAGUGUUAUUUAUUCACAGUGUACCAGAUUUAUAAUCAUAUCGGACAGUUCAUGCGCUCACGAGGGGAACGUGUUUGGCGACGGUCAGAUAUUUGACCGACGAGAAAUUCGGCUAGAGGUAAGUGAUACAGCACGGGGUCGGUGGUCAUGAGAGUCUACAGGGGUGGGAAGGGGAUAAGAGGAAAAGAAAAAUCGGAAUUAUCCGAUAAAGGUACUAACGUGAACACCCGUGUAUAUCUAAAUAUACCUUUAUAUUAUUGGUCUCCUGCUAUAGGGACAAGAUUUGCAGUCGACCGAGGAGGCGCCGCCCGGAAGCUACGUGCUCGACAUGGGAAAAAUUGGCGAGACCGUCCGGUACGUGUACGUGAAAAACACGAGGUACGUCCCAAAAACGCACCCGACAAAGUUACCAUAACAGCGCGGGUAUCUCGCGGUAUCUACAACUCGCUAGGUCAUAGUAUUAUAUUAUUAUACUACCGUAAUAUAAUUCACGUUGUCUCGGCGACCGAAUCUAGAGACGACGGAGACAUACUUGCGUGGGAUGGGAGAACCACGUAUUACAUACGGUAGUGGUACGACUGCACAGCAGUUUUAUAGGUUGAGCAGUUAGGCGAUAGGAACUUUACAAUUUCCGCUAUAUUACUAUUGUUAUUGUAUAUGUGGGCCUUGAGAGAGGCGUGAGGGAUAGCCGUGCGUCGGUCGUGUGACACAUGAUUAAAUGGAUGGCGGACGUACGUGCAGAUAAAGUUUCGUUCAAAUCGUGAGUGGGAUAAAAGAGUAUAUGACGGUGUAUGGUGGUGUGUGGAAGAGGUGAUGCGGUUGGCGAAUACCUCAGUAAAUUUGAAAGCGAUCGCUAAUUGUACAAGUUUAUAUUAAUAACAAUAAUGAUAGUAAACAAUAGUAAUUAAUAAACUAUAUGCAAACCGAAAAUUAGAACGAGGAAGACAUUCUUAGAUUUUAUUUUUCUGUUUAUAAACAACAUUCGGACCAGAAAUCGUAUUCCAUUCAACUUCUUGUGUAGUUUCUGUUACAAAAAUUUUUUAUUCGUAGAAACUUGAAAUUCUCACCAAAAAUGUAUAUUAGCUUAUUCUAUACAAUGUAUAAAUUUUGGAUUAUGCCGACAUUUUUAAAUUUAUUUAAAUGCAUAAUUAAACGUGUGUUAUUAUUUGAAAUUUUAGAGUUUUUUUGGCUUCACAUAAAUGCUUUAAUUGCAUAAAAGCGGUUCCUCCACAAUCAUCUUUCCUACUCUUAUUCUUGCCUUGAAUAACUAGCCUAAGUAUCUUAUCUCAAAUUCCUUUGGGUACAUGGAAAAAAAAACGUUUUUAAUGAAUGCGUUACCAACCAUCCAUUUGUAUAGAAUAUAAGCUAGUAUAAAUUUAGUUGAAAUAUAAUUUUUUUUUUUAACAAUAUAAACACUUUACUUUAUUUAUUUUAAUAAUCUUAUAUUAUAUAUUUUUUUUAAAAAACAUAAUGUUAAUAUACCAUAGAAUUGUUUACAAUGACAUAUCUCUCACUGACAUAAACAGUACUACAUUAUAUAAUAAUUAAUGAUAUCCAUAUUAUUAUUGUAUCUGACAUGUUUUAUGUAUGUUAUAAAAUAUCAAUAUGACAUAAAAACAUAUCUACGAAUUAUUAUAUAAACAAUCUUACUAAUAAUAUACAUUUAAAAUUAUUUCUUGUCUUCCACUUCAUAUAGUACCUAAUAUACAAAAAACUAUUUGUUUAAAACCCGUCUAAUCUAUAUAGUACCCACGUCUAAAAUACACAAUCUUAAUUAUUUGCAAAUCACUGUUCUAUAUAAAAAGAUAAAUAGGCAUACAAUUGUUUAUUGCAAUUAAAAAUAUAAGAUAUAAAAAAAAAAACUUUAAUGAUGGACCGUGCAAAAUGAAUAUUGUUUAUAGAAAUAAUCGGAAACAGUGUAGGCAUGAUACUUAUUUACUGUUUCUGACAUCAUGGUGACAAAAAAAAUUUUAAUCUUGAAAAUAACGAAGACGAAUAAUUUCAGAGAAGAUUCAAAUAUAAGACUAUAUUUAAAUAUAACAUUUGAAGUAAUCAAAUCGAGAGAAAAUGUUUAUGGCAUGAUGACAUCAUAAAAAUACUGUGUUACCAAAAGAUAAAACAUAAAAUACGGAUACUUUAUAAAAUAAUGAUGUCAUCAUAAAUCGGUCAAGGAAAAUAAAUAAAAAUGUAAAAAAACAUAUGGUAUUGUUGAUGGGUGUGCUAUAGUUUUUGGUGGAAAGUUGGGAAGUUAGGAUACGUAGUUUAUAAAUUAUAUCUGUAUGUAACGAUACGUCAUUGGUAACUAAAAAUGAUUCUGCGCAAAAUUCUCUAAAACGUGUUUUUUGAAGCAAUUAUUUUUAAACGUAAAAGACCUAAAAACAGCUCAAAAAUCGACGCUUUGAAAUUGUCAGAAAAUCUAGAAAGUGCUAAUAAAAAUGUUCAAUAGAAUUUACUACCUAAAUUACAGUAAUAAAAAAAAAAAAAUUAAAAUGAUGAAUUUGUCUUGAUUAUCGACAAAAAUGAAAAGAAAAUCAAAAAAUGAUACCAGUGCACCAAAUAAGCUAUUUACACUUGCUACACAAGACGAUCGGAUCAAGAUGUCUGAUAAUUAAGUUGUGUACAGACAAAAAAAAUAUCAUAAUAAAACCCAAACUAAGCGCUCAGAAUCUAAAAUAUUCUUAUAUCUGUCAAUAGGAUUAAUACCAAAAAUAACCACACUUUAAAUUUGGCAAUGCGAAUAUAACGUGAACAAAAAUUAUAGUUAUUAUUAUCCAAACGAUUUGUUAACUAUCAAGUGCUUUUAACUCGGUUGAAGUAAUAUAUUAUUAUUUGUAUUAUGAUUUGUAUAUACAUAAGAUUAUACGACAUACCAAUCAUCGUUUAAUAUUUAAAGUUUCUGUUUCAUGAUAUUUUUUUUUCUAAAGGUCGCUUAGUAUGUUUCAGUAAUAGCUGUGAUUUUAGUAGUUCGUAUUUGUAUUAUAUAAAUCCAAAUCCCGUAAUUCAAUAUGCCAGAGAUAAGUGAAAUGUCAGCGGCUCUUAUUUGCAAAUUUGCAAUAUUGUUAUUUAUUAACCACUUCGUCGUACGGGGACGAGAUGACGACUGUUCAGAUGCUGCAAUAAGAAGAUGUUUAUAAUUAAUUUGAAGUCGAGUUGUACGCAAAGUAAGUGAUUUGUGAAUGAUCUGCGACAUUAGUGUUUUGUCGCGGAAUAUUAUUUGCGUCACACAGAACGACGAUGAUGAUGUUUGAUUUGGAAAACGUGAAUGCAUAUAACGGAGUUGAUUGUUGAGUUUUGUUUGCUUCGAAUCUUAGCAGUACGUUAAUAAUAAUUACAUUUAAUGUUACUCAGGCAGCAACUUUGGAUUAUAUGUCGUAUGUACACUGUUGCAAUUGGAUACAGUUGUGUCAUAUUGCAGAGAGAGCAAGUUGGUGUGUGUGAAGUUUUUUAAUAUUUUAAAAUCGAUAUUUUAAAUUCUGAGAAAAGAGUAUAUUUUUUCCAUGUGUCUGUGAAAAAAUUGCCAACGAAAAUAACUUGCUUCAAUCAAAUAUCUUGUAUUUUCAAACUAGGUGGUGCGUUGGGAAAAUUCUUUGUACGCCUACUAUAAAUAUAACAAUAAGAAUACUCCGAAAAAAAAAAUAUUGACAUAGUCUUCGUCAAAUUCGAUGUUAUUGCUCAUUUCUUAUAAACCAGUUUGAACUUAUUAACGAAUAAUGCAAUUUUCACCGAAUUUUUGACUAAUUUUUGACUAGCAUUUUUAAACAUGAUAUAAUUUCAAAAAUAUUUGGCUCUUUUAAGUGAAUUAUAGUUAUGUUAUAUUUGUACACAUUUUUCGGACAGGAUCAAAACUAGGUUCAUCAGAAUUUUUCCUUUACUAAUAUACAAAUGUUAAAGUAUAUUUGAUAAGUGUUUGAAGCUGUAAAUAUUAUUUUGUGUUUCAAAACCAAUACACUCUAUACUUGAAUUGACCAAAAAAAUAUUUAUUGGUAUGGUAAUGGUAACCUAACUCAGUUGUUUUCUGAACAUAUUUUAAUAUUUAUAUACACACUUUUUAUGUUUGUUUUUUGCUUUUUAUUUAAAAUGUAAACGAAUGAGUAGGCAAUUUAAGACCAUACAGGUAUGACGUUUAAUAUACUUUAGAUAGUAAAUAAAUACUACACCAAAGCGUGUAAUAAUAUAUUAUUUCCUUUCAUGAUUCUCUUUCAGUGUUUCUUCUUUGAUAAGUGAUCAUAAAACACAAGAGUAGUUGAUUAUAAAUUUGGUACACACACUCUAAAAAGUUUUAAAUUCUGAGUAGAGCGAAGAAACUUAUGGUAUUACAAAGAUGUUUAUUUUUUAUUUUUUUUAACUAUGCGCAACUUUUCUACCAGAAAACUGACUCAGAUUUCUACAUGUAGCAUAUUUUAUGAAAUAAAAUCAACGUGAGUAGGUAUCUUAAAGAGAUAAUUUUUUGAUUUUCUCAAAAGUUUUCUCAACAAAUUUAAAAACCAGAAUAAAACAUGGGAGGAAAACGUAGGAAAACGGGGAAAUUCGGUACAACAUUAAACAAAUAUUAUUAAAGAAAAUAUAUAAAACCUAUUUAAUAAUUAUUUUAUUGUAAUUUGAUAUAAUAUAUAUUAUAUAUGUUAUUGACAAAGCAAUCAACUGAACUCCGCUCAGAAUCGUUUUUCGUAAUUAAUGGUUUAUCGUUACUUACAGGUAUACAUUAAAUUAUCUAUAACAGUGGAUCCGCCCGUCCCCAUUUCGUCUAGGAUAUCUAUUUAAUCUUAUGGUUCCGAUAUAGAUAGUUAUAAUAUACAAGUUUAAAUAAUAAUAUAACUUCUGAAGAUUGUAAUAUAAAUUCAUCAUAUUAAUUGUCUGAUGUUAGAUUUUUAGAUUCUAGCGUAGUGAGGAAUCUAGGAGUUUUAAUAUGUUCUAUAUAUUUUUUUAUGGGUGUAACUUUUCGAUAAAAUAAGAUUUCCUCGAUGUACUAAAUGUAGUACAUAUUCUGAAAAGCUGUGUUAGUGACGUCAUAUUUAUAUUUCACAAAGAUUUUUUAAAAAAAUUGAAAAACUAAAAAAAAAAUAUAUAGGUAAAAACGUAAAUAUUUUUGGAGCACUGUGGCAUUAGAGAUUUCAUUGUUUUAUUUUUUUUCAAACUAUUUUUUUACUAAAAAUUUGUUUUUAAUCUAAGAUUGUCUAAAAACCUUCUCUAUUACAUUUUGGAUCUAGUUUUUCACGAUGAUUUUUUUUUUUUUUUUUUUUCAAAGUAGUUUUUAUAGUAAUUGAAAAAAACCGGAAAGAUGAUGAAUUUAAACUGAUAAAUUUCCGGCAUUAUAAUUCCUUUAUGUCAAAUUUUUACGACUUAUAUUUUCUACAAAAAUUGACAAGUGAUAUUUUUUUAAAUUUUGAAUUUUGAUUAUUACUUAUGAACAACGUUUUUUUUUUUUUUUGUUUUUUCAGAAUUAAGCAAAAUCGGAAAAAACAUAAAAAGAAGAAGAAAAUUUACGAAAAUAAUAUUUUUAUUAUUUUAUAUUUUGUUUUUUUGUUAUAAUUCAGUUAAAAAUUUAGUAGAGACUUUAAAUUUUGCAAAAACUUAGGUUUGUUUUUUUAGACGUGAUAAAAUUUCCAAAAUAUUGGAGUCAUUUUUGAGCUAUUUAUUCAUUAAUUUUGAGAGGUUUUUACGUAAUUUUUUGUUAGUAGGUACUAUAUAGAUAACAUUGUAAAACUAAACAAAAAUGCUUGAAAAUUUAACAAAACGUCCAUUAUGAAGUGUACUUUGUAAUCAAAAUAAAUAAACUGUGUUUAACUUAGGGUUUUUAUUUUUUUUUAUAAUAACAAAAUUUAAUGAAAAUCAUAAAUAAAGGCCGUAAUAUUUUACGGCCUCUCAAAACAUGUAUACCCGAACUUUGCGCUGAAUCGUCUUUCGUUAGCAAUGGUGUAUCUUUACUUUCAGAUAUAAAUUAAAUAACUGUAUGUAACCUAAAUUUCCAACUUUUCAUCUACAACUAUGGCACACUUGUCUUCAACAUCGGCCCUUUUUUUUCUUUUUUUACAAGUCUUUAGUUAACUCAAUUUAGAGGAUAUUAUGUUUUUUAAUCCCAAACUAUUGUAUAUAAGCACGUAUCAAAUAAAACCAAAUUGAAAUAGAAUAACAGAGCUUCAGUUUAAUAAUAUUAACACAGCUAAAAUAUAAUAUUUUGUAUAAAUUACUGCGUAAUAAGUGUUAUAGAACAUAAAACUAAUCAAAAAUAAAUAAAAAUACCUAAAAGUAAAAAAAGAAUGUUAACUUUCCUACAUUUUAAAAGAGAUAUUUUGCAUUUAAAAAAAGGACAUUUUAAUGCAAAAAUAUCGGGUUUAGAUAAACACAAUUUUGAGUAAGCUUGGAGCGGAUGUAACAAGAAUGGGUGAUAAAACUUUGUGGUUAGAGAAUUUUUCUUAUUGAAAUACGUAAAGAGUUGAAUAAAAUUCUCGAGAAAACUGUUAUUUGUCAAAAUACAAUACUAUGUACAAUGCUUAAUUAUUUCCAAUAGUUUUAGAUUCUGAGUUUUUUUUUUUAAGUUUAACAGACAGCUUUUCUGAGAGGAAAUCGGUAUAUGGAGGUACUUUAAGAAGGUCACUUUCUCAGGAGUUUUCUCAUCAAUUUUGAAAAAAAGAAGAAAAAAUGAAAAAAUAUAAGAAAUAUAAAUAUUGGCUAAAAUAUAUUACGGCCUUCUCUUUUUCUCGUAGAAAACUUUUUACCAGCAAUUUUGCUCCAAUUUUUAAUGAUAGCUAUGUUACCAAAAGAAAAUUUUAACGGUAGGGGGUUAUUUAGGGAGGUUAUUGUUCAAUUUUCCCAAGAGUUUUCCAUACAAAUAUGAAAAAAACAUGAGAAAACCGAGAAAAACGUAGAAAAACGGGGAAAAUCGGUACAAUAUUAAAGAAAUAUUAUUAAAGAAAAUAUAUAAACCCUAUUUAAUAAUUAUUUUUUUAUAAUUUGGCAUAUAUAUUUUGUAUGGUUGUCAAAGCACUAUCAACUGAACGCUCAGAAUCGUUUUUUUGUAAACAAUGGCCUAACGUUGCUUAUAAGUUUACAUUAAAUUAUCUAUAACAGAAUCUGCAUUCAUCCCCAUUGUCUUAGGACGUCAUUUUUAGUACACGAUUUUAACAUGGCAUAAUAAAGUCAAUGUAAGUAAUAAUUGUUUUAUAACCAAAAUAUAUUUGAAUAACAUUAAUUUUCGAGCAUUCGUUAUACUAUUACUUAUACUGAAUUCAUCUUAAAUAUUUCAUUAUUUGGGCCUUUUCUUAAUCAGAUUACGAACGACGGAUUUGUUAGAAAUAAAAUACAAUAUUUUAUUGUAAUUUUUGUUUAUAAUUAUUAUAAAAUGAGUUUUGCAAUUUUAUAGCAAUAUUAUAUUAUAGGAAAAAAUGGAGCGGUAAAACGGAUCAAUUAUUAGCUCGUUCGUUACAUAAUAAAACACCAUAAAUCUUUUUUUCCUUUUUUUUAAUUUUUUGUCCUCUCAAAAUAUAGUCGUAUCGUAUAUCCGUAUCACUGGGUCGUCGUUAAUCAUGGCGCGGCAAUCGUUAAGUCACGAAGUUCGGAAAACGCCAAAGUAAAUUUUCACAUUCAUCCGUCAACGGGGUUAUUGGACAAGAUCUCCGAUACGAUGUUCAGUAUGGAAUGCAGUGUCACCGACGAGAUUGUCGACAAAGAACUCACGGGCACAUAUCGCGUAACCGCUACGUAAGUAUAAGCAAUGUUGUGUUUUAUCUAGAUAGGCAAAUUUGUAUUUUUUAUCAUAUCUAGAAAAAUGCAAAAUAAGUUAUAUGAGAUAAAUAAUUGAAUAACCUUUAUACAUUUAUCUAUUGAUAAAUCAUCAUUUUAAUUUGUAUAUUAAUAUAAGAAAUAUUAGGUACAAUUUUUAAUUUAUACAGUUUAAUACCUGAAUUAUUAAAAGUAAAAUUAAUUGCAUACCUAAACGUUUAUUUGAAAUUUCGAUGUAUAUCAAAUAUGGUUAAUUUAGCACAUAGUUUUAUGACAGGUAAGUAUUGUGUUCAUAUAAUUAGGGAGUUUGACACUAGAGAUGUAAGGGAAAUAAAGAAGUGAAGAUUUAAAAACGGUUUUUUGACAAUAGCAGAAUUUUAAUAUACCUAGUCAUGAAUCUUUGAGAGACCUUUGUAUCGAAUCUAAUAUUCUGGUUUAUGGCAUACUUUGAGAAAUUAUAGUAAGAGUUCUGAAAACUUUGGCUUGGGCUACCUCAAUUUUAUACCAGCUUGAGUUAAAAAUAUUAGAUAAAAAUUGAUAAAGUUGAAAAUACAAGAAUAAAAACAUUUAUUUAAAAUAUUAGGCACUUAAUACUAUAACAUAUUAAUCAACCGACCUACUGGUUAAUAUUUAACUAAACGAAAGAGAUUGAAAUAGACGAAAUUAACCAUAGAAGACUAAUAAAAGUAUCAUAGGUUUACAAAAAAAUAUAAUACUAAAUAUGCAAUACAAUUAAAAAGGUAUUAAACGUGCUUGUUUUCUCCUUUUCUUUUUUUUUCACAGGUUAUUAUUAUUAUAUCUAAUUAUGUCACUAUAAUAUGCACCGAAUAUAUGAGGUCUUUGAUAGUUGAUACAAAAAAAAAAAAAACUACAUGGGAUUAUGGUAAAUGACGUAUUAUAAACUUUCAAAUUUAGAAAAAAUAAUUUAUACAUAUUUUUUUUUUUUAGCAGUCGAAUGAGAAUUUAUGUAUAAGUACUCUAGAUCGCGUUUUUAUGGUAAUUUCGGGUCGUUAGUACAUUAAUUUUGAUGUGAACCAUAAAUUUUAAGGUACCUAAUGCGUAGUUUACACUAUAUCUAGGCUGUGUUUUUUUUUUUAUAAAACUUCCCCUCAAAACUUAAAACUUAUCCUCGAGUUGAUUAUAUGCAUAUGAAUUGGAUUAUUUAUAUUAUUUUAUUAUCAAGCUUCGGAACCAAUAUAGCUCAAAAAUUCUGUUUACAAUAUAUAACUAUGUAUAUUAUUUUUCGAAGACAAUACGUUGAAAGAUUCGCAACAAUAAUAUAUUAUAAUAACGUUCUCCGUUGAAUUCGAUGGGCUGGCCUUUAUUUUUAUAGAAUCUCCAUCAGGAAACAUUAAUUGCAUUAUAUAAUUGUUUUUAUUAAAUUUAAAUGAGAAUAUUGUUUAUUUGUUAAAUUUGAUGAUGGGUAUAAGAACCGAACAAAAUAUUUCAAUUUAGAAUUACACGAGUCUUAAUAAAUGCGCGUUUUUCUCGCAUUGAAUAAGCUAAAGUCAUUAAAUUACACGGUCGAAAAAACUAUUUUCAUGAGUAUUGUAUGUCGUUUUGUCAUCUUGAUUUGAUAAUUCUGAAUGGAACAUUAAUUUAUAGUCAUUCCGUAAAUUGUUAGGUAGGUAUUUGAAUACUGCAAAUAUUACAUACGUACUACGUAAUUUCUCUCCCCCUCUACAUUUUUCCAAUUAGAUUGUUGACAAAAUUGCAAAAAUUAAAACUGAAAAUUACGAUAAUAACCGAAAGCAAAUACUACACAAAUUGAAAUUCCGAGCUCUAAACUAACUCAAAACUUAUCAAUUAUUUUUGAAUGGGAUGGAUACAAGGUGCUUCAAUUUAACACUUAAAAAAACCGCACCAUUAUCCAACAUCGAGAAUAAUACUCAUAGAAGUAUUUUACAAAAAGAACAAGUUAUAAUGUCUAUAGUUUCAAUGAAAUUUACAUAAACCUGCUAAAUAAUACUUACACUGGGCUUUCAACUACACUCCUUUUUAUUAUUUUUGUCUGCGUAUUAUAGGCUUACUUCCUUUUAGGUGUGUGAGUUGAACUAGUUCGUCCAAUAACGUCCUUUAUCUUUUUUCCACGCAAGCAUGUACGCAGAAAACAAUUACGGGGAAGACCUUUUGUGAAGAUUCAUAAAUAAAACCGUUAAAUAUUAAACGUUUUGAACUAUAAAAUUAUAGCAUAUGAUGCAUUUUUGAAAUUUCGAAGUGAUUAAUCUCUAAAAUCCUCUUUUAUACGAACCUAUUUCCAGGGACGACCCAUUAAAGUUUAUAGCUUAAACUUAGUAAUUCUCUCGUAUUUCUAUUACCUAUAUAGUAUCUAUAUCAUCGGCUUUUGUUUUCAUUGGCUUGUUGUAAUACUUACUCUGCAUCUUAUUUGUUACAUACGUCUAUAACAUUAUAAUACGCACGACAUAACAAAUCUGAAAGCUUUUAUUAUUUAUUGUUUUUCCGUACCUUUAUUGAAUAUUGAUGCUAUAAUGGUUAUGCGUAUAAUGUUUUCAAUAUCAUUGUCCUUCGGGCAUUAUGUAUAUAUUCUUUGAUGUAAUUUUUUUUUUUUUUUUAUCAUAAAACUCGAUUUUUAUCACUGCAAUUAUAUUAUCCUUAUUGUUUAAUAAAUAACCACUUUUUUAUAACCGGUAUCUAACCCCUGUUUCCCUACUCCCGCCUAUUUUGACUGUUACGAUACGCUUACGCUAAAAAAAAAAAACAUAAAUUCUCACGGGACACUUGUAAUUUUCGGACCGAAGUAGAGCUCGCAUAUAUAAAGAGACGAACGCUCAUAACAAAUAUUAUUAUUCUUAAAAGUAUACGGUAUUAUCAUCCACCGGCUUUUCUUGUAUUGUUACGCGGUAAUAUCAAAUACGGCCGAGUGCCACUACGAACCGUAUAAUUGUGUAUAAAUAUAUAAAUAAAUAUAAUAAUGCAUUUGUACAAUAUUUGCGCGUUUAAUUAGAUCCUAACAUAAUAUUGUACGUGAGUGUACGUAUCUACCUACAUAUUCGAACGUAAUAUUUUACAUAAAAUACGCGCGCAAUUUAUAAUAAUUACGUUUUUAAUGUUUAAUUAAAACUGUACAGUCACGACGAUUAAUUAAAUUGAACGCGUUAUUUAUUUUAAUAAUAAUAAUCUAGACCAGGCACCGCUACUACAAAGUAUACAAGUAUACAACAACAUGACGGCAAAUACCCACCGCGGCAACGCACAUUAUAUUUUGGUUACAUGGGCGCUUCGAUAUGAACUUAAACGUCUUAUAAAUGUCCGUUGAAUUAUACGGUAAAAUUUUAAUGUUCAGUAAAUUAUAAUAAUAAUAAUACUGUACGGCAUUAGGUACCUACUUAAAUAAUAUUACAGAUAUGACCUAUACGGAUAGACAAGACGUACAAAAGUAAACAUUUUCAACAGAAAAAUAAUUAAUACAAAUAUAUAGUAUCAUUAAUACGUUUGAUAAUAACUAUUUUCAUUUUAACUGGGACGUUGGCCUUUUAUACCGACGGGCGUUAACCGUUAAGUGUUUGUCCUUCUUCGGAGUACGUAAAUAAAUACAACGUUUCGGUAUACCGCAUAUCUUUUGAAAAAUGACACGCUUGGGAAAUAAUAUCGGCAGAGCAAAAUAUCCAUAAUUAUAAUAAAAUUUCCUAAAAUCCUAAAAUAUGCCUUAAAAAUCCAAAAACGACAAAAUAUGUAUACAGAAUAAACUUAUACAUCUAUAUACAGUCGAAACAUAUUUAUUAUAAACUAUCUAUUUUUUUAACCAAAAAAUAUAAAUAUCCAAUAUAUAAUUAUAUAUUGUUAUAUAUAUAAUUAUCUUUCCUAAUAAAUAAUAAUUAUAUAAUAUCAUUGUACAGUAUAUUAUUAAAAUAUUUAGCCCAAUGUCCUUUUUCAUGUAUGUAUCCAAGCAUUAUAUAUAAACAGAUAUACAAUGUGUGUUCAAAAUGUAUCCAAGCUGUUUGAAUUGCACGCCACUGGAAUGUUGAGUAAAAUAUGUCGAGGAUCAAAAACAAAUCCUAUUUUAGGUUUGUCAGGAACAUUUUGGUAUAGUAAAUGGCAAUGUCAUCAUAAUACCCAUAUGUUACCAAUAAAUUAAAAUUAUCAAAACUAAAUUGUUUCAAAAUAAUCAAAAUGGAAGAAAAAUCCUCUCCAACCCUCCCAAAAAACUCUUCCAAUUGAUAUAAUUUUGGAUUCAUCAUAAAAUUGCCAAACACCGUAAACAUAUUUUUUAAAAAAAAACAUCGAUUAUAUCGAAACAAUGAAGAUUACAGAGUCCACCAAAGAAAAAUGUGCUAAAGAGAAGUCACAAAUGCCAGUGAUACUAAUCCUACUAAUGCUCCGUAGACGUACAAUACAAACGGCAAGUAAACAUUUUGAACACACUUUAUAAAACACAUUAAUGCAGCAUCGCAUAAUAUUAUCAUUAUGAUACUACUUUUAGUAAAUUAUACAUCAUACAACUUCUAGAUUAUAAUAUAAUAUUUAACUUAAAUGAAAAAUAUAAUAAUAACAAUUUAUUAUAAUUAUAAUAUGUUAUAUAUAAUAAGCUUUAUCUAAAGAUGUAUAACUGUAAUUAUUAGUGUAUAAUGUUUAACACAAUAUAUCAUAAUAAUAAUAGAUCUAUUUGUUUUUCUAAUAAUUGAUUAACAAUAUAUUAAAUUAACUUUACGCUAUGCACGACAAAUACGUAAAUUUAGUGCUCUGAAAAAACUUUUCUUCGAAUUUUAACAAUAAUAAUUUUUAAUUUUUUUAAAUUUCGAUAAGGUGCAUUUAUUAUUACAACGUUUUAUAAAUACUUUAGUACUUAUUGCAAUAUUAUUUCAGAUGUCUGAAUUUAAUAUUUCAUAUUAUUUAAUAAGUAAUUACUUAAGAUUAGGAAAUUUUAAUUUAAUUUAAUGUAUACAAUACACACCAUUAAACGUGUUUAUUUUUCCCCUUCUUGAAAAUUAUACUAGCAUGAUGAUUGAUGGUAUCCCUAAAGAAAGUAUAACCGACCGAGAUGUAAUUUUCGAAGAACACGAAGACAACCCGGAGGUAAAAUAAUACAUAUACUUACCUAUAUAAUUAUAUAUAAGCAUAAUUGAUUAAUUUGUAAUUAAUUAUCUAAGAUUAGUAUAAGAGUUUAUCCAUCACGUUUAUAGUAAUCUCACGUUCUAAAACUGAGACAUCGAUAUAAAUAUAUAAUGAUAUAUUAUAUAACAAUAAAAAUACAAUAUAAUUAAAGUAAGGGAGAAAAAACAUCAUUUAACCUAAAGUAUAGUCUUAAUUUAUCAAUAUUACCUAGUAGCGAUUUUCGAUGGAAAAAAGAAUUCACAAUUCAAACUAUUCAAAAAUUUGUUUUAAACGAGCAAAAUAUAAUAAUAUAAGUACUCUCUUUCUCUCUUUCAGCCCUAAAAUUAGUUUUGCAGUUUCCUGAAUUCUCUAAACUUUUGUCCAUCAGCAACUAACCUCUUCAGUUCUCUGUAGUUUGUCAGUCCCACGUCAGAAAUCAUCUUUAUGAUAUAAAAAAUUGAUAAUAAUUGAGAUCAUCCUCGUCCUUUGUUUUCUUUUACUAUUUAUUCUCCUUUCUAUUAUACAUAUUUAGAAACUCAUAUGUGUGUCUCUAAGCGCGUCCUAACAUAUAGCAACGCUAAACUCGAAUAACAAUUAUUAAAUCCUUACAUUUAAAAUUACAACAUUGUUUUAUGAUUUUUGCAAUUUAAUUCAUAUAUUUGUGAUGAUUAAUUUUAUACCUAUACAACACAACACAAUUUCAGGAAAAUAAAACUCCCUUACUGGUAACUCAAACACAUUUUGAAUGUUAUUAUGAUAGAAUACAAAAUCGAUGUAUGACAAUAAUUGAUGCCUGUAAAUUUAGUAAAUACAUCACCUACUAAUAUAUUUAUAAAAUUAUUUUUAUUAAAACAAGUAUUUAUCACAAGUCUUUUUCUUAAAAAAUACAAAUAAGUACUAAACAAUUUUUUUUUUUAAUAAAAAAUAAGUACAUUUGGUGAUUUUUUUUUCCAUCGCUGAAAUAUUUGUAUAGGUGCCAUUAUCUAUAAUCUUUUCACUCGUGCGAUUAAUUUAUUAUUUUAAUCCGCAUCGGAACCUUAUUUUCAAUUGUUGUUUUCAAUAGAUUCGAAUACGCAGGACGUUCGCAAGAGAUCGAUUAAAUGCAAAAAUCUAUUAUCGCAACCCUUUAUUGUGUAAUAUAUAUAUACAUUGAAUAUUUUAUAAUAAUAACUCAAAUGAACCGAAAUCUAUAAAAAAAAAAACUGCAUUGUCGCAAAUGUGAUUUAUUUUAUAUAGACAAUUAAGUACAAAACAGUCGUAUCGCACAGAAUUAAAGCUCACCACCUCAUUCAAAAUGCAAUCCCUAGACUAAUAAUAUACAAUACAAUAAUUAGUUCAAUAUUAAUUUUUAUUUUUCCAUAUUUCAUUAACUUCAAAGUAGGAAACAAGUAAAAUUAGAACAUUAUUUAACGAUGUGUGUUUUAAAACCAAACAGAUUUCAAUAAUAUCAAUCUAAGAAUUGAUAUGUAGUACUCUUAUAAACUACAGUUAAUUAUGUAUUACGAAGUGUCUAGUGUUUUGGUUUUUAAAAUUAAAACUUGUUUCAAAAUAAUUAGGUUAAUUACUCAUCUCUUAUAAUGUAUUUAUCUUGCACAUCUUAUAAAACGAAAUUCUUAUUUAAAUGUCAGGAAUGUUUCAAUGUUAUUUCACUUCCUACAAAAUGUUUCCAUUAUUCAAAAUAAACAGAAUAGCUGGUCACCAAAUAUAUCCAAAUAAUACAAUAACUUGUUUUCUAUAUUAUAGAGGCGAGGGCUGUACUUUAAUAUUAAUUUUAUAAAAUUCUUUCUAAAAAUUUUAAAGUAAUGCGUAUAAAUUUUGUUGUUGAUAAUAUUCAAUUAUAGGUAAGAAUCGAUAAUUUUUCAAACUCUUAAAAAUUAAUAUUUUACUAUGAUAAAGCUGGUUUUCUUUUUUAUUGGGUCAAACUCAAAAAAUUAUUUAAGGUAAUUACAAUACAUAAUGUAGCUUGAGACUCGAGUUUGUACCUUGAUGUAUACUCGUAUGUACAUUGUAUAUAAUUAAAAGUUGUUAAAGGGUGAAUACUUAAAAAUUCAAUAUUAAAAAUUGUUCAAAUAUUGCGUAUUUCUGAUUUUUCUUAAAAUUUAAAAAUCGAUUUUUUUUACAAAAGCUUGUGGAAAAAAAACCUAAAUAAUUUGUUUUAAUGAUAAUAAUACCUGUUAUAUAAUUUCAUGUCUAUACAUUUGAUAUAAUACAGACGGUUACGGUAAGAAUAGCUGAAAUCGAAGUAAUAUCAGAAUACCCAGGGAAGGAACGUGUAUCGUUAAGUGUCGAGCCAAAAAUAGUCGAUUUGAAUUGGUACACACUGAAGUAA